GCAAGAGAUAGAUAGAGAGAGAGGGAGAGGGACAGUGCCAAAGAGAGGGAGUGCACCGCAGCACUGCAUUCGCAUCUCAGCUGCUGAAGCGAGCAGUUCGAAAUGCGCACCGAAAGGCGCGACGAUCGCUAAAUUAAAGAAAGACCAAUGAAAAUAAAGUAAAGAAAACACGUAACCAAUAUUCGUGUGGCGCUCUCGCGAGUUGGCAACAGCCCAAAACCAAAACACAAAUAUUUGUUGAAAAUCUCGUGAGUUGGACACAAGCAGUAAUUAGAAGAAAUCGCUUUUAAAUAUUUGAUAAAGUUUGAUAAAUAUUUGAUAAACUUGCCAGUUGAACGAAAAAAGAAUUCAACUACAUAAUAUAUAUAUAAUUGUGACAAUAACAUAAAGACAGUAAACAAACUCUGAUGAAUAUAAGUACACAAGCAAAUCACUAAUCAUAACGUUAUAAUACAUUUCUUAAAUAAUUUGAAAGUAAACAAAGUCUAAAUCACAAAAACCAAUUGCUUGGAGGCCUACACUAUUCUUAACUAUCUGGGCAAUUGACUUCGAUCGCCUGCAUGCGUUUCUGGCCGUAAUCCCCUCCAGCAAGGUGACCAUGUGCAGCCGGAAAUGCUUUCGCAUGCCCACCCUGGUCAUUUGCGGCGUCGUACUGACCAUUAUCCUGGUCUGCAUCACGGGCAUCACGCUGACGAACAGCAUCAACAUAUCGAACAUCGUCAAGCUGCGCGAGAAGGUGGCCAGCGAUUCGGCGGCCGCCAAUGGCGGUCACCAGGCGGCCCAGACGCGGGCGGCUCUCGUCGAGCAGCAGUACUCCACGCUGCAGCAGCAUCAUCUCUCCCGCAGCGAUCUCAACUAUAUUCAGGCGGCGACGCAUCCAAAGAAUCUGCAGCGCCAACUUCAGCAGCAGCAGCAACAACAACAGCAGUUGCAGCAGCAACAGCAACAGCAGCAGCAACCGAAUAAGAUUGUCAUCGAAAUCGGUUUGAGCAAUGACAGCGGUCCAAGCAGUGCGCCCGCAAGCAGUAACAUUGGUUCAAGCAGUACGGGUCCGCGAAUUCUUCAGGCGGCGGAGGCUUUAAUGGAGGGAAAUGUGGACUCGAUUUCAUUGCCAGCAGCAGCGCCGCUAGCAGCAGCCACUACUACCACAACUUCAGCUAAAAGCACAGAAAGCAGUGCGCCGCAUAGCCCCGCAAAUACCAGCAGUGCAGAUAUUACAAUGGGCAUCGCAGAUCACAAUCCAGGGGGCAUUCAGUUCGAGCGACGCGCCCACGUUAAACAGAUGAUGGAACAUGCGUGGCACAAUUACAAACUGUAUGCGUGGGGCAAGAACGAACUGCGUCCACUUUCGCAGCGACCGCAUUCGGCCAGUAUCUUUGGAUCCUACGAUCUGGGCGCCACAAUCGUCGACGGCCUGGAUACCCUGUACAUAAUGGGACUGGAGAAGGAAUAUCGCGAGGGUCGCGAUUGGAUCGAACGCAAAUUCUCACUGGACAAUAUCAGCGCCGAGUUGAGCGUGUUCGAGACGAACAUUCGAUUUGUGGGCGGCAUGCUGACGCUGUACGCCUUCACCGGUGAUCCACUGUACAAGGAGAAGGCCCAGCACGUUGCCGACAAGCUGCUGCCCGCCUUCCAAACGCCCACGGGAAUUCCCUAUGCGCUGGUCAACACCAAGACCGGUGUGGCCAAGAACUACGGCUGGGCAUCCGGCGGCAGUUCCAUCCUAUCCGAAUUUGGCACACUGCAUCUGGAAUUCGCCUACCUGAGCGACAUUACCGGUAAUCCACUGUACCGGGAGCGAGUGCAGACCAUCCGCCAGGUGCUCAAGGAGAUCGAGAAACCGAAGGGCCUGUACCCCAACUUCCUCAAUCCGAAGACGGGCAAAUGGGGGCAACUACACAUGUCGUUGGGCGCACUGGGCGACAGCUACUACGAGUACUUGCUGAAGGCCUGGCUGCAAUCCGGCCAAACGGAUGAGGAGGCACGCGAGAUGUACGACGAGGCGAUGCUGGCCAUUUUGGAUAAGAUGGUGCGCACCAGUCCCGGCGGACUGACGUACGUCUCCGAUCUCAAGUUCGACAGGCUGGAGCACAAGAUGGACCAUUUGGCUUGCUUCUCGGGCGGCCUCUUUGCGUUGGGAGCGGCCACGCGUCAAAAUGAUUAUACGGACAAGUACAUGGAGGUGGGCAAGGGCAUUACGAAUACCUGUCACGAGAGCUACAUCAGAGCACCCACCCAGCUGGGACCCGAGGCCUUUAGAUUCAGCGAAGCUGUGGAGGCGCGAGCACUGAGAUCGCAGGAGAAAUACUACAUUCUGCGGCCAGAGACAUUCGAGAGCUACUUUGUGCUGUGGCGACUCACGCACGACCAGAAGUACCGCGACUGGGGCUGGGAGGCGGUCCUCGCCCUGGAGAAGCACUGCCGCACGGCGCACGGAUACUGUGGCCUGCGCAACGUCUACCAGCAGGAGCCCCAAAAGGACGACGUUCAGCAGAGCUUUUUCCUCGCCGAAACACUGAAGUACCUGUACUUGCUGUUCUCGGACGAUUCGGUGCUGCCGCUGGACGAGUGGGUGUUCAACACGGAGGCCCAUCCGCUGCCGAUCAAGGGAGCGAAUGCGUACUACAGACAGGCGCCCGUAGCGCUUCCGGUUUCGAACGCAUCGUAAACGGGCGCCAUGCUGCGCCGCUGGCUGUUCGGCCUGUCCCUAGCAAUGCACCUUACUUAGCUCGCGAUAUUUAGAUACCUACACAUGUGUGUAACAGGUCGUAACCUUUUUUUUUUUUUUGUUUUGUCUAAGUUAUUAGUUAGAUUACGUGAUGAUGACAACUGCGUACGAAAGAUAUUGUAUGUUUACAAUCAAUCCAGGCACAUACACAUACACACACACGAGAAACUGUCAAUGUAACAUAUUUAUAAAGCUUGCACAUAUAUAUUAGAACUUAAACGUAAACGGAUAUAUCGUAGUUUAGUUCUUAACUGUUUGCACAAGUUUCUCCGAGUCUCUCUUCUUAAUUUAUCUUAUGGAAUUAAUAGUAAUACACAAAUAGUUGACAGAGGUGGAUAAUGGGAAGACCUCAAUUUCCAUUUAAAUGCGAAUGACGUAGACGUAGGCAAAAACUCUUGAUAUUAAUUAUGAUAUGAUAUAUAAUAUGAUAUACGUGUAAAUGUAAAUCUCAGGUGUUCUUAUUAUGGUUUUCCUUGCGCUCACACAAGGCACUUUUUCACUAACCAGCUACGUAACUAUCUCUACAAGCAUUCUAUACGCAAUUCUCGAUCUGCGACUAUAUCUCUGUGUGGAUUUAUUGCCACUUGGCGGGCAUUUCGAUAGAUCUACUCUGCUGAUUUCCAAUUCGACUCUUUGACCACUUUAUUUUGUAUAUAAUUUCAACAGACUUUCCUCGCAAAAUAAAGGCAGAAGAAAAUCGAGUUGAUAUUUAAACGAAUAUAUUCUUACACAAUAUUGUUUACUUUGUAGCCUAAAUAUUUAAAUAUAAAUCUAAUAUAGAGUCUAGCUUACUUUAUGUGACAAAGCAAACGUAACGCGAAUCACCUUAAAUCAAGAACAUCAAGCGAAAAGAAACGCAAACAAUAUAUAUAAAGUAAAUAAAUAAAUAUAUAUUUGUAUUUAAUUAAAUCAAAUAAAACGUAGGCAAUUGUUAAAAUAAAUUAAUUAUACGAUGGCAAGAGCCGAGCGAAUGGUAAUUUAAUUUUUAACAACUGUAAAGGUUUUUUAUAAUAAUAAUAAUACCAACAGUAAUCAUAUUUAUAAUUCUACUUAUAACUGUAAUCCAUAGUCUAAGCCACAAGGUUCGCAUGAUAAAUGAAAUAUAGAUGUUAUUUAAUUGUUUUUUUUUUUUGUAACAUACGCAGCUUGUUCUGUGUAAAGUGAUUUAACAAACGUAAACAUAACUUAAAACAUAAGCUAAGACCUUAAUGUAAAACAAAAGAAUUUUAAAGAAACCUUUUAACAAAAUAAAAAAUAAUAUCAACUCGAAUUAAACCGAUAAAUGAAGAAAUCUAAAAAACUAAAGCUAACAAACGUAAAAAGCAAAUUGCUUAAAAAGAAUAGGAAGAAACAAAUGAAUUCGAUACUAAUUAAGCAUAAAUUUAGUCUUUAGAGCAAACCUUUUUUUGUUUAGAUCAAAUUAGAAUUGAGGCCAAUAGCGAGAUAUAUGCUAUAUCCGAUUAUAAUGCCGAACACACAGAUUCGAAUGGCAGUUUGUAAAUGCAUCAGACACAAUACAUUCAUCAACUGCAGUCCCUGAGCUGCUGGAGAUGUCCAGUGUAUUUUGCCUAAAUCAUAAGUUUAAUAAAGAUCUAAUAAUUAACUUAUAA